AUGCCUGCCUCCCGUGAAGAUUCCGUUUACCUUGCUAAAUUAGCUGAACAAGCUGAACGUUAUGAAGAAAUGGUUGAAAACAUGAAAGCCGUUGCUUCAUCCGGUCAAGAAUUGUCUGUUGAAGAACGUAAUUUAUUAUCUGUUGCCUACAAGAAUGUCAUUGGUGCUCGUCGUGCUUCUUGGAGAAUUGUUUCUUCUAUUGAACAAAAAGAAGAAGCUAAAGGUAAUGAAAACCAAGUUGCUUUAAUUAGAGACUACCGUGCUAAAAUUGAAGCUGAAUUGUCCAAAAUUUGUGAAGAUAUUCUUUCAGUCUUGACUGAUCAUUUGAUUUCAUCUGCUCAAACAGGUGAAUCUAAGGUCUUCUACUACAAAAUGAAGGGUGAUUACCACAGAUACUUGGCUGAAUUUGCCAUUGCUGAAAAACGUAAAGAAGCUGCUGAUUUAUCUUUAGAAGCUUAUAAGGCUGCUUCUGAUGUUGCUGUCACUGAAUUACCACCAACUCAUCCAAUUAGAUUGGGUUUAGCAUUAAACUUUUCUGUUUUCUACUAUGAAAUCUUGAAUUCCCCAGAUAGAGCAUGUCAUUUGGCCAAACAAGCUUUCGAUGAUGCUGUUGCUGAUUUGGAAACCUUGUCCGAAGAUUCCUACAAAGAUUCUACUUUGAUUAUGCAAUUGUUAAGAGAUAACUUGACUUUAUGGACUGAUUUGUCUGAAGCUCCAGCCGCCACUGAAGAACAACAACAACAAUCAAGUCAAGCCGCAGAAGCUCAACCAUCAGAAGCUAAAGCUGAAUAG